ACCACACCGAUCUGUCCUCACGUCUCUGCCCAUGAGGACACGGGAGAGGAGGGAUGGUGUGGGUAGACACGUAAGCACUAGCAGCACUAGUUGUAUUGUAGAUGGUAGAAGCAACGUAAAUUAGUAGCAAAGUUCGUGCAUAGAAGAAGCUAUGGUUUGUGUAGUAGCGUAAAACACAUCAUGAAGUUCGCUAAAAAUGGGAGAGAGAGAGAGAGAGCGGAAGAAAAAAGGGUAAGGUGUAAGCAAAUGAGCGAUUACGCGAACGCAUGUGGUAUAGUAUUUUUGUUAACUCUUUUUUAGCAAUUUAUACAUGUACAUUUUUGAGGUAGGGUGUAGGUGAGCAGCGGUAGAAGAGAUGGUAAGAAGCAAGCAAGCAAGACAAAACACCAUGUGCAAGUCUUCGAUCAUACUAAUAAUGAUUACGAUGAUAAUGACUAUGAUGAUGAUGAUAAUGAUGAUGUGUCAAUACCUUUCUAGCAAUAGGAUAGCAAUAGCUAAGGUUCCUUGCGCUCCAUACGCUGUACGGAAGAAAGAACGGAAUAUAAACCCGUUAAAUCCAUCAAUCCCUAAUCCUUCAUCAAUCGAGACCGGUCGCACAUAGACACCGAGAAGUUACAAGCAACUCAAAACGGAUAGUAACCAGGAAGGACAUGUUAUCGGGUGUAGUGUCGUCGUGCUGUGUAUUAUCAUUCGUAUGAUACGCAGUUCCCCUUUACGUGGUUCCUUUGAGAACGGUGAAAAUAUCAAAAUAUAACCAGAGAACCGACUCUAUGAGCGUGACCGAAACCACUAACAGCAUGUAAAAUGGAGCGUGCCGGGGACAUGAAAGAGAGCGAAGAAGUACGCUGACGUAAGAUAAGCGGUAGAGAAGGGAAGAGAAAGAGAUAAAGCAAAUUGACACUUUGUAUAGUAAAUGAAUGCAAAAGUCGAUAAACUCAUAAACGUUAUUUUAAGAAACUUAAACUUAAAAAAGACAAAAACUAAACAAAACGAACAAACAUCCAAAACAGUGCUGCGCCUAGCUGAAUGUGGUGUAAGCCCAAAGGCCCAAUAACUGGCACAUAAGUGAAGGCGAAAGUGUACAGCUAACGCAGUCUCAGUCGCAUAUGUCUGAAAACACAAAGAAACACACACAUCAAAGUUAAAAAGAGAAAGAUAAACAGAUAAGACAGUGCAUAAGAAAAAGAAAAAGGCAUGAAAAAUGAAAAAAAAAAAACAGAACAAGACACACCAAAAACCAGAAACACAACAAAACACUCACCCAUCAUCGUCCUAC